AUGGACACCUUUCGUUGCAUCAUCAUUCGCUUGGAGACGUGGCAAUUCAACAUUGGAAACGACAGGGUUCUAUCGGAGAUGGUCUAUGAGAUUGGACGCCGGGAACAGGCGUCGCUCCUGCGGCAACUCGUCGCCGGCCCUCGCGCCCGGCAUCCCGAGGCUGGACUCGACCUCUGCUAUGUGACGGACAACAUUAUCGCCACGUCGGGCCCCAGCGGCACAUAUCCCCAGCGCGCCUACCGCAACCCGCUCGACUCGCUCGUCAAGUUCCUCGACUCCAAGCAUGGCGACGACUGGGCCAUCUGGGAGUUCCGCGCCGAAGGGACGGGCUACCCUGACUCGGAGGUGUACAACCGUGUAUACCACUAUCCCUUCCCCGACCACCACCCCCCGCCCUUUGCCCUCAUCCCGAACAUCAUGGCGAGCAUGCGCAACUGGCUGCACGCAAAGAAGGGCCGAGUCGUCGUCGUCCACUGCAAGGCCGGCAAGGGCCGCUCUGGCACCGCCAGCUGCAGCUAUCUCAUCAGCGAGGAGGGCUGGCCUGUCCAAAAGGCCCUCGACCGCUUCACGGAGCGGCGCAUGCGCCCCAACAUGGGCAAGGGCGUCAGCAUCCCCAGCCAGCUGCGCUGGAUAGACUACGUCGACCGCUGGACCAAGCACGGCAAGAUGUACGUCGAGCGCCAGGUCGAGGUGCUCGAGGUGCACUGCUGGGGGCUCCGGGACGGCGUCAAGAUCCAAAUAGAGGGCUUUGUCGACGACGGCAAGCUCAUCAAGAACUUUCACACGUUUACGCGCGACGAGCGCGAGAUUGUCCGCGGCGAGGUCAAGACGACGGGCAUGGCGCAGGCCGUGCAGGAAGUUAUGUACAAGAAUGGCUUCGGCCCGUCCAAGAACAGUGAAGCCUCCAAGAACGGGAGCACGUCUUCUCUGGAGCAGAACGGCGAAGGCGCCCCUGUGGAGCGAAACGUAUCGCGCGAGAGCCUUCCCAUGGGCACCGGCGACGUCGUCUUCCGCCCGUCCAAGCGCGUCGUGCUGGCCACCAACGACAUUAACAUUGACGUUGAGCGGCGCAACAAGGCCGCCUUUGAUCUGACCAUGGUCACGGCUGUCGCACACGUGUGGUUCAAUACCUACUUUGAAGGCAACGGCCCCGAGCAAAACGGCAAUGCUGACGACUCGGGCAUGUUUGAAAUUGCAUGGGAUGCCAUGGACGGCAUCAAGGGCUCGUCGCGCAAGGGCACGCAGGCUUUUGAGCGGAUAGCCGUCGUGUGGCGUGCACUAUCGGCCGACGAGGGCCGGCCUGGCGUAGUGAUCAAAGAGCCAAAGGAAGGCGAGCCGGUCAAGCAGGCACAGCCCGCAGACUGGAGAGGCGCCCAUGGCGUGGAGCCGUCCGAAGGCAAAGACCUUGGAGUCCGCACUGCCAGCCCGACGAAUGCUGAAUCGGACAUUAGCCGUGCAAACAGCAUCCGAAGCGAGAACAAGAAGAAGCCAGUGACUGUCAAGAUGCCGGGCAAGAGAGACAGCGAAGACAGCGAUACCAAGGAUGUACGGCCGCUUGGGCCGAAUGGCGAGGAGGUUGUGGCAGAGCCGAAAGACAGUUCAGACGGCGGCCAAGUGGACGGGAGCGGGCCGGCAGCAGCAAGGUCUGACAACACGCUACCGGGUGCCGUGACAGGGACUAGCGCUCCAGCGAGCGAUUCGGAAUCUCAACACCAGAGUGUCGGGUCGCCUGCCACUGGGGUCAAUGGCGGGGUAGCAGGUGAAGCCGACUACCACAUGUCUGGCGCAGCCGCUACGGGCGAUCUUCCCGAUGGCAGGCCGGAGAGCGAGAUGAAGGAUGCCAAAGAGCACGGACUGGGCCAUUUGCACUUUGGCAAGAAGAAGACGAGCUCGUGAAGGCCGAGAUUGCCCCUGCAACGGUAGCCAUGAUGGGCGUUUGCCAGCAGGGCUGUAUGUAUGCUCGGCUUCGGGCCAUGUGGGGGGGGGGGGCGUUAUCUGGAGAAGCUGCAUGGCGGCUUGGGGGAACUUGUGGUUGGCGUCUGGCCAGCGUAUCACACACAGGCGUAGGCAGUGUGUCGCGUACAUGGUGCAUGGGGUGUGUGUAUAUGUGUGUGUGCGAGUGCAUGCGUCCAUGUGGCGUUGGACAAGGCGAUUGUGUUGCCACAGGCCCGUUGUCGUCGGUGAGUUGCAAGACUGGUUCUCGUUGUUAGAUAUACCACUUUUGUUGUGUUUCGGCCUGGCGUGACAGCAGCAGCGGGCAGGUUGUCUUUUCUUUUCUUCUUUCUUUUUUUGCACUGACGGCCUGUUUUCUGCCGUCACAGGUUAGGGUCUAUAAAUAUGCAUGGCUACUGGCACGGGUGCAAAGUGAGGCGGAC